UGCGGACGGAGGGAGCGAGGAGGGCCCGCGGGAGCGCCGUGAAGCGGCGGCGGCGGCGGGGGGGUCGAGCGGGGCAGGCUUCCCCGUCGCCCGCCCCUCGGCCCGGGCGCCCUGGAGCGGCGAUAGCAGCAUGGCCGCCAGCCUGUGGAUGGGAGACCUGGAGCCCUAUAUGGAUGAGAACUUCAUUUCAAGAGCUUUUGCUACUAUGGGAGAACUAGUUCUGAGUGUGAAGAUAAUUCGGAAUAGAUUGACGGGGAUCCCGGCAGGCUAUUGCUUUGUAGAAUUUGCUGACCUGGCCACAGCGGAGAAAUGUUUACAUAAAAUCAACGGGAAACCCCUUCCUGGGGCCACCCCUACAAAGCGCUUUAAGUUAAACUAUGCCACAUAUGGGAAGCAGCCUGAUAACAGCCCAGAAUAUUCCCUGUUUGUUGGAGACCUUUCCCCUGAUGUAGAUGACGGGAUGAUAUAUGAAUUUUUUGUAAAAGUAUACCCAUCAUGUCGGGGCGGAAAAGUGGUUGUGGAUCAGACAGGCGUUUCUAAAGGCUAUGGUUUUGUGAAAUUCUCAGAUGAAUUGGAGCAAAAAAGAGCACUGGUGGAGUGCCAGGGGGCUGUUGGCCUUGGUUCUAAGCCGAUACGCUUGAGCGUUGCCAUACCAAAAGCUAAUAGGCUGAAGAUGGUUGAAUACAAUCAGAUGUACAACUAUAACUAUAACCAGUACUACCAACAGUAUCAGAACUACUAUGCUCACUGGGGAUAUGAUCAAAACACAGGCAGUUACAGCUACAGCUACCCACAAUACGGCUACACGCAGAGUACCAUGCAGACAUAUGAAGAAGUGGGUGAAGAUGCGUUAGAAGGCUUCCUUCCUCUUUCAGAUCCAAUGCCCCAGAUGGAUGUGAGUGAAGCAAACAAGCAGUUUAUGGAACAGAGCGAAGAACUCUAUGAUGCCUUGAUAGAAUGUCAUUGGCAGCCUUUGGACAGUGUGUCUUCGGAGAUCCAAGCUGUGUAAUUGCCUUGUUGCUGAUGGGCUCCCUCCGAGCCACGUGCCAGCGCGCCUUGGAUUCCUGCCGAGCAUGUGGAAGUUGCAGCUGCAAACGGACUGCUGGUCCCUCCGUCUCUUUCCUCCGGAUUCUUAAGUCAAGAAUGCAGAGGACAGCCUGGGGCACUUCCUGAACUCACGGAGCAGCAGCAGAGGAAUGCGGUCACUUUUAUUUGAGACGAAAUUAGAACUUGGACACUUAGUUUUAUUUCUUCUCCCUUCCCACCCCCACCCUUUUGGUCCUAAGGCAAGAUUUCUUUAUCCUAGCCAAGAAGUUCUAAUUUAUGAACUAAAUAAAAAAAGAGAUGGGAAACAUUAUUUCCAAGUACAAUAAAAAGUAUCUUUUACAUAGUA